GCCGAAAGGCUUUUAAAUUGCCCAUGAAACCGUGACAGGAGAAUAAAAGGGUCUGUGGGAAAUCUGUGCGUUUAUUUGGGGGCAGGAGUACAAAGCGGAGGGACAGAGAAAGGCAGCGGCGGCAGCGACAGAGACAAUGUAGCUGCGUCUCCGGUUCGGCUGAAUAGAAAGGAGGUGUCGGGGGGCCGAAUAAAUACGAUUUCUCCCCUGGGUACCGGCGAUCAGUCGCUCCGGGGGUGGAUCGAACCGUUCCGGUCGGACAAUUUGGGAAGGAAAAACCCCGAAUCCUCUCCGCUACAUUGUUACAAAGUAAGGAAGCGCCGGGGGGUCGCUGCGUCUGUCGGAGGGGGGUGCGUCUCUGUCGUCCGUGUCGCCGGCUCCAUUGGAAGAAUAAUGAAGAGUUAGGGGGGCUUUGCCUGUUAGAAAGAGACCCCCUUGCCGUCUAUUUGUAUUAUUACCCAAUGGAAAGCCUUCUAACAGCAGCCCCCCCCAAACAAGGAGAUCCCCCCCCCGGCCCAUGAUGGUUCCGCUCAUCUGACUUUGAAUUACUGAAGUCGGGGAGACCCCAAGUGUCCCAAGCGGGGGGGGGGUUGGUGUUCUAGACCGGAGCAAGGAGCUCAUUGGGGAGAGUCGGCGACCCGGCUACAUUGUGUCAUUUGGGUUCCCAGGGACCGGUACAACCCGACCCCGGCAGCUUCUGGAGCAGGAGGGGUCUCUGGGGUCCCCCACCCCCCCCGACCCUGAGAUGAUGGUGUUAGAGAAGGAGGAUGGGCUCGUGUUGUCUGCGUAAUUUGCCUCUCGCGACCAAGAUGCAUCCUUGCUUCAUAAACAGAGGGGUCCCGAUGCUCUCAGUGCAGCCCAAGGGCAAACAGAAAGGCUGCGCCGGGUGCAACCGCAAGAUUAAGGACCGUUACCUGCUCAAAGCGCUGGAUAAAUACUGGCACGAGGACUGUCUGAAAUGCGCCUGCUGCGACUGCCGCCUCGGGGAGGUCGGAUCUACUCUCUAUACGAAAGCAAAUCUCAUCCUGUGCCGCAGGGAUUAUCUGAGGCUGUUUGGCACCACGGGAAAUUGUGCCGCUUGCAGUAAACUGAUCCCUGCGUUUGAGAUGGUGAUGAGAGCCCGAGAUAAUGUGUAUCACCUCGACUGUUUCGCCUGUCAGCUCUGUAACCAGCGAUUUUGCGUUGGGGACAAGUUUUUCCUGAAGAACAACAUGAUUCUGUGCCAGAUGGACUAUGAGGAGGGCCAGUUGAAUGGAAGUUUUGACUCCCAAGUCCAAUAGCACAGGGGCUCGGGCCCGGCGGAAGCGCAAAGGAAUGGAUGUUCUGUCGGCUUUGCCUGCAAUAUUUUUUUAACUUCUCGGCCCCCCCUCCCCAGAGGACUGUAUACAAUGUAGUACCCCCCCUCCCCGUACAACACAAGCAGUUGCUAUCGACGAUGUACAGUUGUGAGCGCUUAGCUGAGCACUGCAUUCGCCUGUCUGUCUGUGAGGGUCCGCGGGGGUGGGCUCCGGAAAGCUCCUGUACAGUCUGUUUUAUGUAUAUAAACCGGAACAUUUAUUUUAUGAAAAUGUAAUGCAAUUUUAUUACUGGUGUGAAAUUAAAGAUUAUGAAUGUUU